CUCUUUUUAUGGAUUUGUUGGUGAAUGUUUGUAUUCGUGUUUAAAGAAAGACUAUAACAGCCCAAAGGAGUGCUAAUGGUUGAACUCGAGGGGGUCCGUUGUGAUUUGUGAAGCUUGCCUUAGGCAAAUUCCACAUUGGAAUGAGAGGGAAAAGUUAGGAGCCUAAAAAGGGUGAGUUUAGGAAUUUAACAGUUGAGGCACCCUUUGCGUUAACUUCCAAGGGGACAAAACACUGAGGCCUCAAAGGCUAGGUCGGAGCGACAAUACCUUGAUAGUUGAGCCUGAGUCAUUAUAAAAGCCUUACAUUUCUAUGUUACGACUCCCAGAUUGCACAAUGACAUCUUUUACACAAUGCAGGUUUUCGACUGUUAUGGAAAACAGUUCUGCUUGCACUUUGAGGCAUUUUCACUUGGUAUGACACCAGUUUACAUGGCCUUUCUACGAUUUAUGGGCGAGGACAAUGAAGCCAAAAUGUUCAAGUAUAGUCUAGAAGUUGGUGGUUUUGGGCGUAAAUUGACAUGGCAAGGUAUUCCUAGGAGUAUCCGAGACAGCCACAGAAAAGUUCGCGACUGUCAAGAUGGACUUAUUAUUCCAAGAAGCUUGGCACUUUUCUUUUCUGGUGGGAAUAAUGGACAAGAGCUUACAUUGAAAGUCACAGGUCGUAUAUGGAAGGAGCAUUAGAGAAGUUAAUUAGUAGUGCCUAGGCAAUUAAUUGUACAGUGAGCUCUUAAGUAUGUUAUCCUUUGCCUUUUUGCAUAUGUUGUGUAUCAUAUAUCAGCUCAGGAUCUCUUAUGAAGAUAGCAUAUAAGUCAUACUCUACUCUGAUGUAAAAGGUAUACACUACCUAAUUUGCAUGAAAUAAAGUUAAUUUAUUCUUCUUUGGGUUA